GUAGUUCGCAAGUACAUUUAGGAUUAGGUAUAAGGGCAUUAAUGUAAUAAUUUUUAUUUAUUUAUUUGACUGCAACUACUUAUAGUAUUCAGUCAAUUCAAUGUGCAACAGUUGUUGGUUGGAGUAGUUGCAUCAUCAGUUGCAUGUUGCUGCGCAAGUUAAAAGUAUACAAGGAUAGUUACUAGUUUGUCUUUGUUUAGAGGAACCGCGUCACUCAUAGGUAUGCACCCACACCCACGUUGAGUCAAGUGUCAUUUCAUAGCUGACGGAGAACUGUACAAUCAUAUAGUAACAAUCAUAGACGCGUGAAAGAUGGCGGCUGUAAACGUAGAGCGUCCAAAGGUGGAGGCCUGCACUCGCAGCUUAAAAUUAUCGGGACACGUUGGUUUUGACAGCCUACCUGAUCAAUUAGUCAACAAGUCAGUUCAAAAUGGAUUUGUUUUCAACAUACUCUGCAUUGGUGAGACUGGCCUUGGUAAAUCAACUCUUAUGGAUUCACUUUUUAACACGAGCUUCGAAUCCACUCCCAGCCCACACAAUUUGCCAGCGGUGAAGCUAAAAGCUCACACUUAUGAAUUGCAAGAGAGCAAUGUCAGGCUGAAGUUAACUAUUGUUGAUACCGUUGGUUAUGGAGAUCAAGUUAACAAAGAAGACAGCUUUAAAGCAGUUGUAGACUACAUCGAUGCUCAAUUUGAGGCCUAUCUGCAGGAAGAAUUGAAAAUUAAACGCUCAUUCUCUACCUACCACGAUAGUCGCACGCACGUGUGCCUUUACUUCAUUUGUCCUACUGGACAUGGGUUAAAGUCAAUUGAUCUAGUUUGUAUGAAAAAAUUAGAUACCAAAGUCAACAUUAUUCCCAUUAUUGCUAAGGCUGAUACAAUUUCCAAAACUGAACUGCAAAAAUUCAAAAGUAAAAUAAUUAGUGAACUUCAGCAAAAUGGAGUAAACGUUUACCAAUUCCCAACUGACGAUGAAAGUGUUGCUGACGUCAACACUCAAAUGAAUGCUCAUGUGCCAUUUGCUGUAGUCGGCAGUACGGAUUUCGUUCGCGUUGGAAACAAAAUGAUGAGAUCGAGACAAUAUCCAUGGGGAACUGUUCAGGUUGAAAACGAGUCACAUUGUGAUUUUGUAAAACUUAGAGAAAUGCUUAUCAGAACAAACAUGGAAGACAUGCGUGAGAAAACUCAUAACCGUCAUUAUGAAUUAUAUCGCAAGAAGAGGCUUGAACAAAUUGGAUUCAGUGAUGUAGACAGUGACAACAAGCCAGUCAGCUUCCAACAAACGUGUGAGAUAAAAAGAUCCACUCACCUCCAAGAAUUACAACAAAAGGAGGACGAAAUGAGACAAAUGUUUGUUGUUCGAGUAAAAGAUGCUGAAGCCGAGCUGAAAGAAGCUGAAAAAGAGCUUCAUAACAAGUUUGACAAAUUAAAAAAAGAUCACCAAGAAGAAAAAAGAAAACUGGAAGACAAUCGAAAAAAAUUGGAAGAUGAUAUAACGGAAUUUAAUAGAAGAAAGGCUCAAAUUGCUAUGCAACCUCAAUCUCAUACUCUAACUUUAGGCAAGAGCAAAAAAAAGUAAUAUUUAUAAAUGAUACAACUGAAUUGCAUUGUCAUUUUUCUUAUUAAAAAAAAUUUGAUUUUUAUUAACCUUCAUUCGUACCAUUGUGUUACUUACCAAAAAGUUGGUGUAUGAAAAAGAAUUUAUUUUUAAUUAUUAUAAUCAAUUUCAAUACCUCAUAUAAUUUUCUAAGCCUAUAAGGACGGAUCUAUUAAGCAAUUAAUUUUUUUAUACUUAUUAAUAGGUGUAGUUUUUCACA